UCAGCAAAACGAAUCGACUGUUUCACGCGGACUUUCCAGCGAAGUGAUUGUAUCAACUUCUGCUAGUUAUUGCGGGAGUUUUUGGAGGAUUUUAUCACUUAUUUGGACUACCUGGGGACAAGAAUGACACAAGAAACCACUGAGAACGAAACAGACGAAUUUUGUGAAGAGAAAAUGAAUGAUAUGGUGCAUAGACACAAAGUGCGUAGAGCAUUACAACAAGUCCUACAUCAAGCUCAAGUUAAUGGUCAUUUAGUGUGUGGCGUACAUGAUGCUGCUAAUGAACUUGCAGUGGACUUGGAUACCAUAGGACUGUGUCUCUUAGUAGAAAAUCCCAGUGCAGAUCCUGGAAUUCAGGUUCACUGCCGGCUGAUUGAGGCAUAUUGCUGGGAAUGUGCAAUUCCUGUUAUUAAGGUCAACAGCAGCCGUAAGCUGUGCGAGAUGACAAAACAUUACAGGGUAUUAAGGGAGCCGCUGCAUUGCGUUCUUGUCAAGAACUUGCCAACUGACGUGGAAUCUGUUUCCACUGUACUACAGUUUGCACGACAUUCACCAGCGCCAUUGCUCAAGAUCACAUAAACCUGAAGAAGUUUGUAGUGGCAAAUUAGAGACUGGCAUGAUACUGAUCUGCAACUAUUUGUUGAGAAGUAGGAGUUGGUUGCACAAGCUCUUCAAGCAGUUGAACCUCUCAAGAUAGACUUAACAAAUGCAGUGUUACAUAGCUAAACAAAAACCAUAAGACAUCUCGGCAUCACAGUUAUGUUAAAACCUAAGAAUAAUUAAAGGCACUAUUGCCCAGUGAAAAAAAAAAAUUAGGUAAAUAGAGAGUUCUCAGAGUACCAAAAAAAUCCAAAGAUAAAUUAAACCCCAUAUGGGCUUAUUUAAUGCUCUGAAAGAAAAACUACAAAAGGUGGUUUGCAAGUUUGCAAGUCAAAAAAAUGCUCAACAAAAAAAUGUUGUAAGGGCUUGUUUAUUGCACAGAUUAUAGUUCUUGUCAUAUGAUAUUUACUUCAAUGACAUCUGUUUUGUAGAGAGUGGACAAUAACUUUUAUUUCCACUCAGACUAGACAUAUUUAUGUGGCUUUGUUUAUAGAGCAUUUUAUAUCGUAUCCUCUUCUGAGGACUAUACUAUUAUAAAUUAUUGUUGCCUGUGAAUAUGCAAUGAUUUUAUUGUUAUGUUUUGGAACUUGAUGAGAAAUCAAAGAAAUGACACAAGCCACAUACUUCAAAUCAUUAUCUACACUUCAGUGUUUUAUUUAUACCUCAGAUUGAAAUGUAAUAAAAGAAAACAAAGAAAAAAGAAAAUAAUUUUAUAACCAAAAAAAUUACUUUUAACUUCCCUCUGAAUCUUUAGUUUUACGUUAUCAAGAAGUUGUAACUUGCACAUGUAAGCUUCGAUACACAUUGUAGGAAGAACUAUUUUGACAUGCCAUGGUUGCAUGUGAAUUAAGACUGCUGGGCAGUUAGUCUUCCAACGGUACCACUUCAGGGUGUGGACACAGUAGAUGUGGUACCACUUUAUGAGGGUGGUCAGAGUACAUGUUGUACAACUUGAUUGGGGCAGUCACAAUAGGUAUUUAUCUACCACUUGAUGGAGGUGGUCACAGUUCACUCACAAACAUUGACAAAUUUGCAAAAACCUUAAAGCUCCAAUUAUCUGCUUUAUUUUCCAUACAUUUUAUGAAAUGCUGCACAUCACUUAUGACUUGUAUGCUAGGCAACAUACAGAACUACUUUUAUGUUGUAGUGGAUCUGAAGCUGUCAUUUUGUGGUUUAAGGUUUAAGUAAAUACCAACACUCAUAUAGUUGAAAAAUUUUUAUAAUAACUACGUACUAAUAAAUUAAGAAAUUCUAACAAAACUGUAAAAAAAAUUUAAUAAUAAGUAUAAUUAUAUUUACUGAAAUCUUGGAGACUCAUUAAACAACAUAAUUUUCUCA